AUGCCGCGUCCGAGGUACCGGCCGGCAGACUGCAGCCCCAUUUUCAAGCCUCCUCCAGUGAUCCUCUUCUCCCACGAUGGGAGGAGUGAUGCCUCCGCGGAGGAGGCAUGUAAAGUUUACAUGGCAAACCGCCCAGAUCACCACGUUGCACUCGUUCGCCGGACGCCGGCUCAGUUAGGCUACGAAGUCUGGCACAGCGGCGGCCAGGACCACCACGCGCCUGAGCACAUGACCGUACAGUUCAGCGACAAAAACGGUGUCUGGCUGGAGACAGUUCACUUAGACCGCCAAGGUCGACUCGUUUGCUAA